CACUGUGACCCUUCCACCAAUGGUCAGGUCAGAAGAUUAUCUCGAUGAGAAUGACACAGUGGAGGAGAAUGGACCUGUGAAUAUGACCACGGCUUCACCAGAACUUCCACUUGAUCCCAUGGGGCCCAAACAAAAUGAGUCAUUGUCAGUGAAUAAUGAUACAUCUCUAAAUAACACCAGUAUAGUACCAAAGAACAACAUCACAGAGGCUAACAGUACAGAGAUCACUAGCACAGAAGCUAACAGUACAGUGAUCACUAGCACAGAGGCUAACAGUACAGAGAUCACUAGCACAGAGGCUAACAGUACAGUGAUAACUAGCACAGAAGCUAACAGUACAGUGAUCACUAGCACAGAAGCUAACAGUACAGUGCUCACUAGCACAGAGGCUAACAGUACAGUGAUUACUAGCACAGAAGCUAACAGUACAGUGAUCACUAGCACAGAAGCUAACAGUACAGUGAUCACUAGCACAGAGGGUAACAGCACAGAACUCAUUAGUCCCACGCCAGAGACCAACAGAUCAGAUGUCACUAGUCCUCCCUUCCCAGGACCUCAGGACUGGGUGACCAACGCCACUAAGGUAAAUUAUACGGACGGCCUAAAUCCUACCACUAAAAACCCACCAGAAGCUGAGCCUACUACUGUUAGCACCACAGAAACACCAGAGGACAUUCCAGUCGAUGUGACUGACACUACUGUUAGCCCUACAGAAACACCAGAGGAAAUUCCAGACGAUGUGACUGACACUAUUCCCACGACAACAACUCCAAGUGCAAAUGCCACAGCCAUGGGUAAAGCUGCUGGGGACAACUCUGAGCGAGGUCUGGACUCAGGCAGCACCCAGAAUAACAAAAACGGGACGAGGGCAUGGGGUGCCAUCCUGGGCACGGCACUGGUUGUGGGAUUUGUGGGUCUGAUUAUCUACGUGUUACUGAAAAGGAAGGGCCAUCGGGAAUUCUCACACACAAAACUGGUCGAAGAAACGUCCUCAGAUCCAGUUCUCAGAUUGGACAACAGUGAGCCACUGGACAUGAAAUUUGAUGGGUUUGGGUACUAUAACCCUGCACUCCAAGGAGACGACAUCCAAAUGAAUAACUUUCCAGCUGGACCUUGACAUUGAAAUGUGGUGUGCCAUCUGAUUGAAACCCUGACCACUUUCUGCUCUUUGCACCUUCACCAUCAGAUGAAAAUCCAUCUGAAAUGUCAUGAAGAUUUUUGUAUGAUAUUUUGUAGCCUAGAUACAAUUGCCAAAGUGCUUCACGUUAAAUAUUUUAUAGAGAUGCUUUUCUAAGACCUUUCCAUGUUGAACUUUUCCAUUACAAGCUUGUACCCCUAUUUUGUAGAUUUCACAAGACCCGCGGACAUUCCUUAUUUUUCAUCCACUUUUUAGUGUGUUUUUCUUUUCUCAGAAGCGUGCACUGUGAUGGGUUCACGAUGUAUUUAAAAAUAUAAAAUGAUCAUUGAAACUCUGUGGAAAUGGAUUUUUAAAUUUAGACAAUCUUGUUAUUGAAAUAAAAUCA